GAAACUGCAUUUUCAAUCUUUCAAAAUGCUACAUCUUUCUGAUCCCAGCUCUUCUGGCUGAUGUAUAUAUAUUCCUUACUUCCACGAUGCAUUGUGUUUUUUUGGUUAUCUUCUUUACCAACACGCUGUUCUUUCAUAUUCUACUCCACUCUAACUAACCUUCAAUCUCACUUUAUCUCUUAAGUUUUUAACAAUGGCUCCAAAAAUUGCUAUCAUCUACUACUCUUUAUACACACAUGUUUCUACCUUAGCCAAAGAAAUCAAGCAAGGUGUUGAAGCUGCUGGUGGUGUUGCUGAUUUAUUCCAAGUCCCAGAAACUUUGUCUCCCGAAAUAUUGACUGCUAUGCAUGCUCCACCAAAACCAGCAGACAUCCCAAUUGCAACAAACGAAACUUUGCAAUCUUACGAUGCUUUCUUAUUCGGUAUUCCAACAAGAUAUGGUAACUUCCCAGCUCAAUGGAAGGCCUUCUGGGAUGCCACUGGUGGUGGUGGUCAAGAAGUCACUGCUUUAAAUGCUUUGUCCACUUUAACUCACCACGGCUUGAUCUAUGUUCCAUUAGGCUACAAGAACAAUUUUGGUCUACUCACCAACCUUGAUGAAGUCCAUGGUGGCUCUCCUUGGGGUGCUGGUACCUAUGCUGGUGCUGAUGGUUCCAGACAACCAACUAAAUUAGAAUUGGAAGUUGCUUUCAUUCAAGGUAAAACCUUUUACGAAACCAUCCAAAGAUUCUAA